GCCUUGCGGUACACACUGUUAAUGAUCCCCAAAAAACCCAAUGCAGUUUUCAUUCGAGCAAGUAUGUCCGGCGUAGGGAGUAAGGGAGAACUGGUGAACCCUGAUCUCGACUAUGCUCUGGCCGUUGGAUUGACGGGUUUGUUGGCUUGUGCGGGUGCCAACGUCCUUUGUCAGCUCUGCUUUAACUCCCUUGCAUCGCAAUUCUGGGUGCUGCUCUAUAGCACACUUACAUUUGCUUCUACACCCAUUUUCAUCCUCAUUAGUCAUUACCCCUCUGCGAGUAUCCAUACUAACGAUUUUUAGUACAAGUUUUCUUCUCCAAAUUUGAGUAAAUGGUCAGAAAAUUG